AAGUACAGAGGUAAAGAACGCCAUGUUGACACGACAACGCCAACUGGGAGGCCAAAUAGCACCUGGGAUAACGUUAUUCCCUGUGUUUUUAUUGCGUUGUCACAAUCAACGAUCAAUCGACUCAAGCCAACUUUUCCGAAGAAAAAACAGAUGAGGUCGAAACAGCUGAUCAAAUAUACUUCACUGCCAUACUUUGCAAAUUUCAGCGACGAUAAAGCAUCGGUUAACUACUUUCCCAUCGUUUUUUGUUUGUUUUUUAAGAACAGUUAACUAAUUAAUUCAGUUAAUUGUGUGUGUGGUGGCCGUUGCUGAAACGUCGCAAGUGUAAGAAAAAAAUCCAACCGAUUGUCUUUUGCUAACGGUGGGCCUGUUUUCAGGCUAACUUAGCAACAUUAGCUUGUUUGCUAACGUUAGCGACGAAUGCCGUUGGCAAAGAGCGAGAGAGAGGCUAAGCUAAUGGCUAACGGUUUCGUUGAAUGUAAUUUGCAAUUCGUCGACGUUUCCAGUCGCCGCAUCGCUUAAUUAAUAUAUCGUUAACUGACGAUGCAAAACCACUUCGAAGGUUUUUUGAUUAUGCGUUAUUAACCAAAAUCCGUUCAACUGUAAUCGUUCAUUUGGCGGUGCGAAGCAACUUGUCGCCCCAUUAGCUCUACGCACUUAAAAUUGUACACGAGUCGUGGUUUUUCUAGUUGUAAAUAACUCUCGUAAGAAAGCUUAAUUUAGCUUCCGAAUAGCCUAAGACACCUGGGAGCGCUCCCUCUCAAGACUUAAAGGUUAGUUAUCUUAAAAUUGGUUGUUUUUUUUUUAAAUUAAAAAUAGUUUUGGCUUAUCUAUUCUGUAACAUUUGCUAGCUAAACGUACAGCAUGUUGGUCAUGAAUAUUUAUCUAACAUGUCACUUUUAUUCACAGUCGUGCCCACACUGACUCGCCCCAAAACAUCCACAAAAGUCCCCCCCAAAAAAUGUGUAAAACGUCUGCAAAGCAUCCCAGAAGUGUUUCAAGUCAAACAUAAGUUCCCCCUUUCCACAGUCCCCAGUUGGCAAAAUUUGCUGUACCCAGUUGGCCCCACUUCCAAGUCCCACAAACCCCACUAGAGCCCGCAAAAUAGGUUAGGGAAAACGUCUUUCAAUGGUUUUGAGUGCAAAAUGUGAAGAAAACCUAUCACAGCCAGAAGAUGGGGAGCUGGAGGAGGGUGAGCUGGAAGACGACGGGGGAGACGUGGAGGCCGAGGAGAUGGGUGGAGGUACGUCUGCAGCAGCGGCAGGAGGAGGAGAUGGUGGCGAUGACGCAGGCGGAGGAGGUGAAGCGGGAGGAGACGGGGCGGUGGAGAGGCCUCGGCGAAGUCGGGAACGCCACGCCAGCAGCGACUCGGACGAGGAGAGAGCCCACCGUCGCAAGAGGAAGCGGAAGAAAGAGAGGGAGCGGGAACGCGAAAAGAGGAGGUCCAAGAAGAAACGCAAAUCAAAACAUAAACGUCAUGCGUCCUCAGAUGAUGACCACUCAGACUACAGUGACGAUUCUGACUACAGUCCCAGUGAGAAGAGGAAAUACAGAGAAUACAGCCCCCAGUACCCCCCAUCUUCUCAUGGGGGCUACGGCGGCUCAAAGAAGGGUUACAUGAAGAUGGACAAACAGAGCUAUGGAGGCUAUGACGACUACGAUGAGGACAACUACGAGGGAGAGGAGGACGAAGACAUGGGGGACGAAGACUACGACGACUUCACCAAGGAGCUGAACCAGUAUCGCAAAGCCAAGGAGGGAGGCGGCCGCGGCGGGCGAGGGGCCAAAGGCCGCAUGAAGAGCCAGCGAGGCCGUGGAGGAAUGAGGGGAGGGAGGCGAGGAAGAGGAGGAAGCAGAGGAAGAGGAGGCCGAGGUGGGGGAGGAAAGAUGGGAGGAGACAACGACGAUGGAGACGGUUACGGGGACGACAUGGAGUACGGGGAGGACGACUACGACAACAUGGGGGAGGACGACUACGACGACUACUCAAAGGAGCUCAGUCAGUACAAGAAGUCCAAAGACAGAGGCAGAGGAGGUAGAGGAGGCCGCGGGCGAGGCCGAGGUAAAGGAGGACGGGGGAUGAUCAGAGGGGGAAAGGGUCGAAACAGAGGGAGAGGAAGAGGUGACAUGGGGAACGACGACGACAACAACGGAGACAUGGACAACGGGGAUGGCCUUGGUGAUGGACUGGGGAGGAGGAACCAGAAUGAAAAGCACCAGGAUAAGAAAGGAAAGGCCAUCUGCAAGUACUACAUCGAGGGCAGAUGCACCUGGGGGGACCACUGCAACUUCAGCCACGACAUUGAGCUGCCAAAGAAGAAGGAGCUUUGCAAGUUCUACAUCACUGGAUUCUGCGCCCGAGCUGACCACUGUCCUUACAUGCAUGGUGAAUUCCCCUGUAAGCUGUUCCACACCACGGGGAAAUGUGUCAACGGUGACGAGUGUAUGUUCUCCCACGAAGACCUCAAUGAUGACACUCAGGAGCUGCUCAACAAGAUGUUGGCAGAGGAUGCAGAGGCUGGAGCUGAGGAUGAGAAGGAGGUGGAGGAAUUGAAGAAGCAGGGGAUCAACCCUCUCCCGAAGCCUCCUCCUGGAGUUGGCCUUCUCCCCACCCCUCCUCGGCCUGUUCCUGUAGACGCCAACACAGGAGCUGGGGAUUUUGGAGGGCCUCCGCCUGGUGACUUUGGGGGUCUUCCUGGACCGAAUCAGGGGCCAAUUCCUGGCAAAGGACCACCAGGACCCGGGCCUAUGCCUGGGCCGAACCCCUGUGCUGUUCCGCCUGUCCAUGGUCCCGAUGGAGCUCCCUUCCCAGGUGGUCCCCCAAAUCCCAACAUCCCUCCUCCCCACAUGGGUCCUCCACCUCCUGUUGGUGGAGGAGGAGGAGGAGGUGGCAUGGGGAAGAAGAUCCCCUCACUGUUUGAGAUUAAAGUUCAGCCGACGGGACAGCUGGCUCAGAAGCUGGCAGUUAGAAGCCAGGCCCCCAGUGGGAACCAGGGUCAGUCCACACCACCUGGACCCCAAGGGCCCCCUGGUGCCCUGCCGGCCCGCUUCCCUGCUCCUCCAGGCAUGAUGUCCCCUGACAUGCAGAACAUGGGGCCCCCACCCAACAUGGGCCCCGGCGGACCACCCAUGAUGGGAGGCUUUGCACCUGGUGAAGGUCCUCCACAUGGAGGCGCGAUGCCUCCAGGUCCUCCUCAGGGUGGAAACUUCUUCAAUAACUUCUACAAUCAGCAGGAGGGUAUGAAGAUGGAGGGGGUGGUGCAAGAAGGUGACAACUACCAGGGGUUUUCUGGCAUGGAUGAGCGAGCAGGAGCAGGGAAGUUUGGAAAUCAGUCGGGUGGCCAGGAAGGUUCAGCUAACGGAGCCUCGGCCGGUCAGGGAGGGAUUUCUGUUCCUGACUUUCUGCCUCCAGCGCAACGUGUUCUGUUCAUGAGGAUCCAACAGAAGCAGCAGGAGGAAGAGGAAAGAGCUCGCAGGAUGGCCGAGGGAGGAGCAGAGAAGACCAAAGACACUGAAGGUGACUCAGGGAACUGGUACUCCAGUGAGGAUGAGGAUGGUGGUGGCAGUGUAACUUCCAUCUUGAAGACGCUCCGUCAGCAGACUCAGGCUCCUCAAAAGCCUGACGGCCUUCCAAGUGACCCGCGGCUCCAAAAGGCUUCUCCUGCCAUCCCCCCGGCUCGUCCAGCAGACCCUCGCUUGAUCCGGGACCCCCGCCUGGCACGUGCUGCUGAGUCGGCUCAAAUCUCCGACCAUUUGGCCGCUCCGUCUUCCUCCGGACCGCCUGCAGACCCCAGGUUAGCCAGGCUAGCCGCCGCCUCAGCAGGAGCCACCUCCCACUCGUCUCCUGCUCCUAAACCUGAACCUCCUCUGGUCUACAAGCCCCCGCCUCUUACAACCCCGGCAGCAGAUGAGGAGGAGACGGAGCGGGUUCUACGGGACAAACCGGUGCCGAUUCCUCUGGACCCGCUCAUGGGCAUGGCUCUGAGAGACCCGCGCUCCCAGCUGCAGCAGUUCAGCCACAUCAAGAAGGACAUCGUUCUCCACAUGCCGGCCUUCGCUAAAACCAUCACCUGGUCGCCCGAAGACCUCCUCCCGCUCCCCAUCCCCAAGCAGGACCUCCUUCCCCUCCCUCCAGGCAUUCCACCUGUGUCCUCUCUGGACUCUCGUCGAACUCAGCAGUCCCUCCAGACGUCACUCCCCCACUCCCAGCCUCCUCCCAUCCAGCCUCCUCCCUCCUUGGACCCCCCCGCUCCCUCCUCCUCAACCUCGACCAUCCCAGACUUUGAGCUCCUUUCUCGUAUCCUCAAAACCGUCAACUCCGGCUCAUCCCAGACCCCCUCCCCUCCUCACCUGUCCACCCCUGCUGCACCUUUGUCGCUGCUGAGUCAGCCGCCCUCCAUGCCUCCUGCACCUUCAGAAAAGCCUGUAGACCCCCGCAUGGCCCGUAAAGACCCCCGUCUCCAGCCGCAGAAGUCAGCGCUGAAGCAGCCAUCAGAACCUGCGCCUCCUGCACUUCCUUCCACGUCUCCAGCAGCAACCUCUGGCUCUUCUCCACCUGGCAUCGCCCCCUACGACCCCAGACUGCUCUCUUCAGGUGGGGCAGGGCGCAGUGUGGGGCCCGGGGCACCAGGGGGAGCCAGCGUGCUAAGCGGCAUCAGCCUCUAUGACCCUCGGACUAACAAGCCGGGCAGCCCCAGUGCCGGCAGCGGCUCCAACAGCUCCCCCAACUCAGCCACCAGCACAGAGUCCAAACCCAGCGAGCCCACGACCAGUAAACCCAAGUCCAAGGAGCCCCUGUUCGUUCGGAAGUCCGCGUUGGACCAACCGGAACCGGAGAAAAGCGGCGAGCAAGGAACCGAUCGAUACAACAGCUACAACAGGCCUCGACCUAAGCCUGCACCCUCGCCUAACUCCACGGCGCAGGGAGGAGCGGCUGCAGCUGGGGGGGCUGCAGCCGGAGGUCAGGGUGCUCCUGGAGCUGCCGGAGAUCAGGGGCCUGCGGGGGUCCACAACCUGCCCGUGUCCUCGCUGUUCGGCGUGGUGAAGCAGGCGGCCAAACCUGGCGGGACGAGCAGCCCCUUCGGAGGAAACAGCCCGGCGCAGUCGGAGCAGGCGGCCACAGAGCAGGACAACGCCUCACUGAAGGACGUUUUCAAAGGCUUCGACCCCACAGCGUCGCCUUUCUGCCAGUGACAUCCAUCCUGGAGCCCUAAAGCCCAGGACCUGCUUCGGUUUUGGGCUGUUUUAAUACGUUUUGGACGCUGAACGGAUCAGUGAAAAACAGAAAAGCGCACGGCUGCGACUGCUUGUAAGACUGGUUAAGACAAACCUUUGUGAACAAAACACAAACACACUUUCCCACAGUGUUGCAGAUGCAGAUUCUAUAAUAGACUUUCGGGUAAUGGGGAGGGUUUAAAGUUAAAUCUCUAUUUUAAACAGACUUAUUGGCGUAUAAAUAGAUGUAUUCUCUUCAUCUCAGUGCUCGGUGAAAACAGUUAUUCAGACAGCGAUGAUACACGUUUAUAUGGAAUGCACAUUUUAGCUUCACGUCUUGUUUCAGUCUCUUUUCACUUCAGUUUCUCAGUUUUUUUUGUAAGUCUUCUCAUCUUUACACCGUGUAACGUGCUCGUACUACGUGUUUUUGGGUAGUUACAAUUGGCGGUGCAACAAAUGAAAAGAUGGAUUUCUUUUUAUCACUUUUGUGGUGUUUCUGCGAUGAAAUCGCACUGAAAUUAGCACAUCGCAAACCAAUAUAUAAACACAUCACUGCCUUCUCUGUCCUGUUUUCCCUUUAUGACCCGUUCUCUAACAAAAACACAUUUAGUUUCUGUUCACAUCACGUUUUCUGCAGAAACUGUUGCAAAUAUCUGAAUAUAAACCUAUAUUCUGCCUGAUCUGGUUUUUUUUAGUAUUUAUUUUUUUACUUUGCACUGUCAGCUUGUGUUCUCUGAGGCUUGUAUUGAUAUUUUUAAUGUCUAUAGCUCCUCCUGCUGUUCCCAUUUCAGGUAUUUACCAGAACAGGUGACUUUACUGUUCCUCUAUAACCACUACACCACUGUUGUUCAUUUUUUUUCCCAUUCUACACAAGUUUUGCCUUCAGUAGUCUCAUUACUGCGAAGAGAAAAGACUUUCAAGUGAACAUUUUGUUUUAUCGGUUUGCGAAAGUGGAGAUUUCUGCAACAUUAAGGUGGAAAAGAUAAAGAACAGACGGAGCUGCUUUUCAGAAGCGUUUUAGUCGCAACAUCAGCCGCAUCUGCAGCCCAAAAAUCGAACUUGGUUUGAUUUUUCACGAUCAGAAUUGAACACUUUGAUUAACCGGACUUAAAAGCCAUCGUCUAAAUCAUUGCUUUUAGUUGUUUUUGAUAUUAUUAACUGCUUUGUUAAGAAUGGAAAGAGAUCCUACUGGAUGUGACUGCAGAUUUCUGAGAGCGGGUUGGAGGAACAGGACGAUUUGCCGCCCUGCUGCAUCAAUUUUCAAGCUUUUCGCUCAAGCGUUUGGUGGCACUGUGACAAUCAUAAACAACCCACAGACCUAAAAUUCACUUCAAGCAUUGAUCUGUGCAGGGGCGCCCCCUGCUGACUAAGAGAACCAUGUCAUUAAAAAUGCACUCAAAGCAAAACAUUUGUCUGUUUCAAGCUCACUUUUUGCAGGACAAAUGUUCUGUUCCUGUGGAUUCAGAGUUUAUAUGAGUGUCUAAAGUUGACCUCCCUCCCCAGUGUUCUGCCGUAGCACCAUUAACAGUUGAAAUGGAGAAGCGGUUGUUCCCGUUUCGUGUGAUUCGGCGGUGGUUUCAUCGCCAGGUUCGUUUGAGAAUCUGUAAAUGUGGGCGUCACAGCAGGGGAAGUUGCAGAACUUUUUUUUUUCUUCCCCUACUUCCAGAAGGUUAAGAUUGUACAACAGCUCUCAGGAUCGUUGUCGACCGUCUCGUGUUAAAAAUGUUGAUCAUUUUAAUUUAUUUUUUUAUACUCGGGUAAAUAUACUUCCUCACUUGUCAUUUUUGAACUGAAUAAUUUUGUAUGUUGGGAAUAUGUGAAUACCACUCACCUCAGUGGGAUGAAGGCGGUCUGUAAGGGAGAGGAGAGGAGAGGAGAGAGGCUUCUUUUGCUUUUGUGUGUGAAGAUUGAGACUAACAAAGAAUUCACUAUUUGCUCCUUCCUGGUCGGCCUUUGAAAAGCUGGCAGGAGGCUGAGUGCCAGCGUGAAAGUUCGUCUUUUCCUUUACAGCUUUGUUGUUUUGUAUAUUUGUUUUAAGUUUAUUUUCUCACUCUGUAAAUUUGACUAGUAUCCUUCCUGUCUUUGGAGGAGUUUUCUAACUGUACACUGUAGGUGAGGCUGUAAGUAUUUAAAUAAAGUUGAUAAGUGAUCAACCAGCUAA